CGGCCAGGCAGCCCAAAAGAAAAAAGCUCAGUGAUAAUACAACUUGACCGUGGAGUGCCCCCCAAGAUAAUGCUUUUCAAGAGCCCUUAAACACAAUUCUUCAGCUCGAAUUUUCACCGAUCUUCAGAUUCCGUCCGGCCAUCAGUCAGUAUGUCGAUCUUCGAGUACAAUGGAAGUGCCCUAGUGGCGAUGGUGGGGAAGAACUGCUUCGCCAUCGCAAGUGAUCGGCGGCUCGGUAUUCAGCUGCAGACCAUUGCCACUGAUUUCGAGAGGAUUUAUAAAAUUCACGACAAGCUCUUCAUUGGCCUCUCUGGCCUUGCCUCCGAUGCCCAAACCUUGUAUCAACGGCUCGUGUUCCGGCACAAGUUAUAUGAGCUUAGAGAAGAAAGAAACAUGAAGCCUGAAACUUUUGCCAGCCUGGUAUCUGCUAUUCUAUAUGAGAAAAGGUUUGGUCCGUAUUUCUGCCAACCUGUAAUUGCUGGAUUAGGAGACGAUGACAAGCCUUUCAUUUGCACAAUGGAUUCAAUCGGUGCAAAGGAGCUUGCCAAAGACUUUGUUGUUGCUGGGACUGCCUCAGAAUCACUAUACGGAGCAUGUGAGGCCAUGUUCAAGCCUGAUAUGGAAGCGGAGGAAUUAUUUGAGACAAUCUCUCAGGCACUCAUAGCAUCAGUGGACAGAGACUGUUUGAGUGGUUGGGGCGGACAUGUUUAUCUUGUCACACCAACUGAAGUGACAGAGAGUAUUUUGAAGGGAAGAAUGGACUGAAACCUAUUUCCAUUAGUUUUCUACCCAGAACAAUUGUCCUAUUUGAGCUCUCUGUUUCUGAAACUUUAACCCUGAGACUUAAUGUAUUAAUAACAUUAUCUUUGAAAGCAUAUGCAUUGCCACCAUUUGUACCUUCACCUUGUUAUUAUAUGUGAGAACUGUGAUCUUUGCUCCCUUCAAUAGUAGCUUUUGGGGCUUUUGUUUAGAGAAAAAGGCGGAGAUACUACUGGAUUUUAGAUGUUCACUUCAAGGAACAAUAAAGUCCUCCACUUAUUAAAAUUUAAUAAAAUUAUAAGAUA